CUUCUGACCACCAUGUCCGACAAUUGCGAACCGGAUCAUAAUGCGGCGGCGAAUGCGCUUACCGCGUUCAUGUGCGUGGGCAUUACCAUCUCAUACCUCCCACAGCUCUGGAGGAUUACCGCAGCGAAGUCGUCGGAAGGGUUCAGCCCAUGGUUUCUUUUGCUAGGAAGCACGUCAGCGGCGUCCGGUGUGUUGAACAUCAUUGUCAUGCAAUGGGGCCUCAUCAAGUGCUGUCGAGUUCUGAGCAUCGGCAGUUGCAUCGAAGCCACUGCGGGAGUGUUCCAACUCGUGCUCGUCUGGGCAUUGUUCUCCCUCAUUCUCGUCCUGUAUAUGAUAUACUAUCCGGAAGACCGCAAGUACGUUGAACUGGACGUCGACAUGCCCAACCACCUCCCCCCUCGCCAUGUCAAGACUCCUGUGAAGAGUGAAGAAUGGAAGCUGUCUAUCACGCUUUCCUGGGUCGUCCUGCUUCACAUCGUUUUCAUCACUUUCACCACAUUCCUUUUACUCGCCACGAAUCCAUCUCCCGACGCGACGCACCGCUCGCACCAGCUCGAGCUCUGGGCGACCUUCCUCGGCAUCUGCUCCGGGAUCCUCUCCGCGCUUCAAUACGCACCGCAAAUCGCACACACGUUCCGCCUGAAGCUUGUGGGCGCGCUCAGUAUUCCCAUGAUGGUCAUCCAGUCGCCGGGUGCCGUGCUUAUGGUGGUCAGCAUCGCGAUGAGGCCAGGUACUAACUGGACAACCUGGAUAUCGUACGCCGUCGCGGGUGUGAUGCAAGGCAUACUCCUCGUGAUGUGCAUCGUCUUCCGCAUCCGCCAGCACAAGCACGGCCUCGACGACUUCGGACAUCCGCUCGCGGGCGCGGAUGUCGCCGUGCCCUCGUCUCCGGCUUCGCAGACCCCUUCCCCCGUAGAGACGGCCGUCGGCGACGCGGUGGACAGCGACGUGCGCAGCGAGCACGGAGUGGACGUUGUGGGCGGCGAACGCGCUGCUGUCGGAGAAGAGACGCCGUUGUUGGCGAAGCCGAGCGGGGUCCAGCGGAAGGAGGGAGGUGUUCUCUCUUGGUUCAAACGGUAGUGAUGACGAGAGCCUGAGGUGCGCGGUUAUAUACGUUUCGUCUGAUUUAUUGAUAGCGAGGUGCUGCUCAACUCCGAUACCUAUUUUUCUGGCUCUACUCGUUUAUAGAAGGGACGGUUAUACUACUAUAUGCUGCUAUUGUACUUCUCAGGAUCGUAAUGCUAUACACG